AUGGCGGCAACUACGCAGCUAGCUUACCGCACUCUCAAAGGGAUUGGCAUUAUGGAUGCCGCCCCUACUUAUGAGCCUUUGUCGGGCUUUGAAAGACCUGAGGGGAACCUCCGCUGCGGUGCAUACUCGCCGUGUGGCCGUUACUAUGCAUGGGCGUCUCCCGAAAGGGUUACCAUUGUUGAUGCCCGUGUCGGCAACGUUGUUUCCACAAUCAACGCCGAGAACGUGUUCGAGUUGGGAUUCUCACCACUGGGAACCUACUUGAUUACUUGGCAACGGCCAAGCAAGGACGCCAACGGAGAUGCCACCAAGAACCUCAAGGUGUGGCGCGCGGUUGAGAGCGGUGACGAAAACACCAUCGUCGGCCAUACACCCCCUGACGAGAAGCUGUGCGCCCGCGUCGUGACCAACGAGGUCCAGUUCUACCAAAGUGGUAACUUGUCGACCGUUUGGAACAAGCUGCGCGUGGAGGGGGUGGCGGAUUUCGCGCUUUCCCCAGGACAGACCCAUUCGAUUGCGGUGUUUAUUCCUGAGCGUAAGGGCCAACCCGCCCAAGUCAAGGUGUACAUUGUGCCGCAGUUCAAUGCACCGGUUUCGCAGAAGAGCUUCUUCAAGGGUGACAAGGUCCAGCUCAAGUGGAAUGCCUCCGGCACUACUGUUAUUGUGCUGGCGCAGACCGAGGUAGACCGCACCGGUAAGAGCUACUACGGCGAGACUACCUUGUACUUGCUUAGUGCCAAUGGCGCAUUUGACUCUCGAAUUGAUCUUGACAAGGAAGGACCCAUCCAUGAUGUGAGCUGGAAUCCCAACUCCAAGGAGUUCGGUGUCGUCUACGGUUACAUGCCCGCCAAAACCACCAUCUUCAACAUGCGUGGUGUGCCUAAGCACCAUUUCCCCUUGAGCCCGCGUAAUACCAUUCUGUUCUCCCCUCAUGGGCGAUUCGUUCUGGUUGCCGGUUUCGGUAACCUCGCAGGUCAGAUGGACCUCUACGACUUGGACAAGAACUACCACAAGAUCACCACCGUGGAGGCCUCCAAUGCCAGCGUGUGUUCCUGGUCACCGGAUGGACAAUACAUCCUGACUGCCACCACCAGCCCCCGCCUGCGUGUUGACAACGGUGUCCGUUUGUGGCACGUCAGCGGUGGCCUCAUGUACAACGAGGACAUGACUGAGCUGUACGACAUCGACUGGCGUCCCCAGGACACUGCCCAGAUCCCACUGGGUGACCCCUUCACCAAGCUGCCCGUGCCUCAUCCAUCUGCUACCGCCUACCUGGCCACCCGCAAGGCUCCCGUGAAACCCGCUGGUGCUUACCGUCCCCCGGGUGCCCGUGGCCAGCUGACCCCUCUUGCCUUCAAGCGUGAGGAUCAAGGUGGUGCCGCCUUUGUUCGGGAUGGUGUUCCUGGCGCUAGCAUGAACGGCUUCGGUAAGCCUCGCCGCCGUGAGGUUCCCGGCGCCGAUGCUACCGAGGAGUACCUGCCCCCGGGUGCCGCCCCCGGUGGUGGUGUUCCCCUCCCACCCGGUGGAGACGAGAAGCUGUCCAAGUCUGCUGCCAAGAACAAGAAAAAGCGCGAGGCUGCCAAGAAGGCCCGUGAGGACGGUGUCCCCGACAACCAGCCUCCGGCCAACGCUCCCACUGGCCCCAGCCCAGACCGCAACCGCAAUCGCAAGAACAACGGCCCCUCCGCCAAUGGCAACGGCGCUCCUAAGCAGGCUGCUGCCGCUCCUGCUCCCGCUCCGGAGCCCGAGGAUGCCAACCCCUCCGCUCAGGACAAGAAGGUUCGCGGUCUUCUGAAGAAGAUUCGCGCCAUCGAUGAGCUGAAGAUGCGCCUUGCCGGCGGUGAGAAGCUGGAAGACACGCAGAUGAAGAAGAUCCAAACCGAAGAUGUGGUCCGCAAGGAGCUGGCGGCUGUUGGAUACGAUGGAUAA